UGCGGGCAUACUUUUACAUCAGUAACCAAGCGUCACAAAACUUGGUCCUGGACAGCAUAUAAUUGUGAUAACCCUCUCAUUCACAAGUAUCAUUCUGACGACGAUAUGGUCAGCAUGGAUUACAACCCUCGUAUGAGCAUGGCGCGCACGUCGCAACAGCAGUCCAUUCAACAAAAGCAACCAAAGCCUGAGGACAGUGAUGUUUACAUGUGCCUGGUAUGUUUGCGCACUUACUAGGUGUCGCACGGGAUGAAUCACAUCACUGACGAAAUUCUGGUGAUUGAACAGCCAGACAGAGAGAUAGCCGGCUGUAUCAGUGAUAUUGGUAUCAACUUUACCGUGGAUGAUCUGCGCAAACCAAACCCGCAGCAAAUUCAAAAAGUCUUCGAGUGGUUCGCUGAGCUAUUGACCAAUACAACUCGCGAAAUCGUUGCGCCUGCGAUGCGCGCUGCAGCAGAAUCUAUGGUCGGUCCAGACCUUGACGCAGAUCGGAUCUUCACCGCAGACACUCGAGAGUUGAUGGCGUUCUUCGUCACGAUGCGCAAGCUGUUACUGGAGUGCGGCAUUCAGGACUUUACCUUCUCAGACCUGUAUAGACCGACACAUCCGCGGCUCGUCCGAAUUUUCAGCUACAUAAUAAAUUUCAUUCGCUUCCGAGAAUCGCAGACGUCAGUCAUCGAUGAACAUUACAACUCAUCAGAGAAUAUCAAAAACCGCAUUGAACAGCUAUAUCUUGGGAACCAGGAAAAGGAGGACCACCUCCGCGAGAUGGAGCAAAAUCGAAAGAAUGUCGAAGUUGCGAUCAAGGACAAGGAGCGGCGAAACGGGGAACUUAAAACUCGCCUUCUCGAAUUGAAGCGAAGCCAGGAGCGAGUGACCGAGAAGCUGGAGCGCGUAAAAGGCGAACAAGCACGGAUGAAGACAAUGCUAGAGGAGAAAACUGCAACAGUCAUGACCACUCGCGCCGAAGCCGCGAAACUCCGGCCCUACACAGAACAAAGCCCGGCCGCCCUUGAACAGUCCUUGCGUGAUCUCAGCUCGAGCCUUAAUACGGAUCGAGCCGACAUCGAGCGACUCGAUAAACGUGCGCGUGCACUACAGACUAGCUGCGACGCCUUCACGCUAUUACAAACGGACAUCACGAGCCUGACGCGACUUCUUACCGAACUGCAGAACGAACUUGGGAAAGAGGAGGAAGAAUCACGAGCAGCUGCACGGAAUCGUGAGGAUCUUACCGAGAAGUCGAAUUUAGUGCGAGAAGUGGAGCGACAGGAGAUGUUGUUGCGCGGCAAACUCCAGCAAUGGCAGGAUCGAACGGAGAAGAUACGUCGAGAUGCAGAGAGUCGGCAAGUGGAAGCUAUGAGAAAGACCGAAGCAUUACGAGCCACCCACAAAGAACUGAGCGCAGAGAGGAAAGAGAGGAACGAGGAGGUCGAAAAGCGAAGAGUACGGAUAGAGCAGACAGAGAAGAAGAUGGCCGAUCUCAAGGAGCAAAUCGAGCACGAAGUUCAAAGCGCGAGAGAGGAAUACAUGAAGAUGGAGAGCCAUAUUCGGUUAUACAUCACCGAAAUGGAGCAGAGCAUCUGAGGGCAAUACAACGAGAUUACGCAUGGAACGAAAUUGUGCGCCGGCGGGAAACAUCUGUUUUAAUGAAGAGAGACUGGUCGUAGGCUUCCCGAAGAUGUCGGGUUGGCUUCCUUUGCUUUUAGCGCGUUUGAAUUUGCUUUACUGUAUC